UUGGGGUAAAUGCAGUCACUGACUGGUCUUGUCUUUCUCUCAAUGUACUUUGAUUAUACUCAAUAUUAUUUAUUUGAUGGCAAAUGUGACUUUUUAAUUUCGUUAAAAAAACAAUCUAAGUUAGUUCUAAGCAGAAUGCUAAGCACGUGGGUGGCGUUGAUUGGUCUGCACGGCACCAUCUUAGGUAUCGUCUCGGCGUGACUAUAAAACACAAGCUGAGAACUUUCAUUUAUCAUUCAGAAACUUAACAGAUUGAUACACAGAGAUCCACUUACAGAAAUCCUACAAAGUAUGUCAUCUCUCCAAAAGCGUGUUCUUCCGACUCAAGACGAUGAUGUCACCAUCAGCUUUGGGAAACUCUCGAUGAGAUCAAAAUUGAACAUGGACAAGCCAGUUUGCCUGAUUGACACGACGUCAGAUGGGAAGCUGUAUGUGCAGGAGUCAGCGCUGCAGAUCCUGCAGAAGAUUGAGCAGCCGGUGGUGGUUGUUUCUGUGGUGGGUCUAUACCGCACCGGGAAGUCCUACCUGAUGAACAGUCUUGCUGGGAAACAAACAGGGUUUGCAUUGGGCAACACAAUUCAGUCGAAGACAAAGGGAAUCUGGAUGUGGUGUGUGCCCCACCCCACAAAAAAAGAAACCACACUGGUGCUGCUGGACACUGAGGGACUUGGAGACGUGGAAAAGGAGAACUUAAAGAAUGACCAAAACAUCUUCUGUCUGGCUGUGUUGCUGAGCAGCACUCUGGUUUACAACAGCCGAGGAACAAUUGACAGCAGGGCUAUUGAGGAACUUCAAUAUGUUGCUGAACUAACAGAGCUUAUUAAAGUCAGAUCAUCAGAUGAGGAUGCUGAUGAUUCCAGCGAAUUUGUAAAGUUCUUCCCUAAUUUCAUCUGGGCUGUGAGAGACUUUACUCUAGAGCGAAAGAUCGAGGGCAAAGAUGCAUCAGAGAAUGAGUACCUGGAGUUCGCUCUGAAGCUGAAACAUGGGUCUUCAAAAAAAGUGUUGGAAUACAACCUGCCCAGAGAAUGCAUCCAAAAAUUCUUCCCUUCCAGGACAUGCUUCACUUUCCCAUUUCCAACUGCUCCAGAGAAUGUGUCUCGUCUGGAAAGCUUGGAUCGCGCUGACCUUUCCCCUGAGUUCCUGGAGGUCACAAAUCGUUUCUGCAAGUUGGUCUUUCAGGAAAGCCAAGUGAAGAAGCUGAAAGAUGGAUAUACAGUCAUUGGCAGAGUUUUUGGUAAUCUGGCAAAAACAUACGUGGACACCAUCUCUAGUGGGGCUGUACCAUGUCUGGAAAAUACUGUCAUUGCUAUGACAAUGAUUGAGAAUGAGGCUGCAGUGAAGGAUGGGCUUAAGGUGUACCAAAGUGGAAUGGACAAUCUUAAGAACUCAUUCCCCCUGGAAUUGAAGGAUGUGUCCCCAGAACACCAGCGUCUCAGCAGCAUAGCAACACAAACCUUUAUGAAACAUUCCUUCAGGGACACUGAUGGGAAAUACCUAAAAUCUCUAGAGGAAAAUAUCAGCGAUCUCUUUCAUGGAUAUCUAAGCCAAAAUGAGCAAGCUUCAAAACGAAAAUGUGAGGAUCUUCUGUCAUCAUUCUCUGCACCAAUGGCAGCAAAACUCCAGCAAGGGUUCUAUAUCCAACCUGGUGGCUAUAAUCUGUUCUGCAAGGAUCUGGAGGACACUGUAGAGAAGUAUAAAAGCCAGGUCAAUAAAGAAGUCAAGGCUGAAGAGGUCCUGAAUGUGUUUCGACAGCAGAAAUCUGUGGAAUCUAAAGCCAUUUUGCAGGCUGACAAACAACUGACUGACAAGCAAAAAGAGAUUAAGGAGGAACAAAUGAAAGCAGCCCUCCAGAACCAGAAAAUCCAAGCUAAUCAGGUGAAGCAGCAACAACUGGAAUGGAGGAUGGACGCAGAGAGACGAAGUUAUGAAGAGAGCAUGAAACAGAUGAAGGGGAAGAUGGAUGAGGAGAUGAAGCUUCAUAAAAUGCAGGCUGAGCAUGCUAUGGAGAGUAAACUGAAGGAGCAAGCUGCUCUGCUGGCACAGGGCUUUAAGGAGAGGUCAGACAGGAUGACACGAGAGAUUGAAGGGUUAAAGAUGCAGAGCGCUUUAUCUCAAUUCAACAGAGAUAGAGAGUUUGCAAUGAUGAUGGAGUGCUCCAACAGGAGACAUGAGGAAUUAUGGGAUAUGGUUGUGCAGCAAAGUGCACCAAAGCGGCGUACCAAAAAAUGAUCGAAACAUACUGUUUAAUUGCCCAGCGGACACCUUGACUUCAAAUUAACAUAAAAAAACAGGUCAAAAAUGAAAAUCAAACUGAUGUCAAAGGUUUGAAGUCCGCACAAUGAUGUCCUUUCUGCCACCAAAACAAACCCGCAAUUUUGCACUUCAUCAAUUAACCAUUAUUGAGAUAAGUGUUUGCUUUAGUUGGCCUUGUGUCUCUUUUUCUAUUGUGAAAUAUAUCUAUCUUGUCCUUUUGCCUUUCAAUGGUUACAAUUGUGAUUUUAAUACAAACACUUUUGUAUAGGCAUUUGAAGGGAAGAUCUGAGAAGUUAAAUAUGUAGUUAUUUGUUUCAAACAGUAAUAAAGUUAAGAAGCUAUUUUUAGUCUUGAUCCUGUUAAUGUUAUGGUGUUUUGUUAUGGAGUGUUGUACUGCAAUAUUACCCAGCCUGCAUUGCAUCAUGAAUUCAUACACUGAUUCUCCAUGUCUAUAUUUGAAUCUGUUGGCAGACAGUUUUUGAGUACAUCCUGAGAUCAUGACAGGCUUAACACGAUUUUAAAAUCAGAUUCUAGUAUUACACGUUAUUGUCACAUCUCUAACACAACACACUCAAAGUUACUUAGAUCAUUUCGAAGUGAUGAUCUCACAAUAAAUAUACUUUAAGACACAUGGAUUGCCAAAAACUAUUAAAAUUUAAGUCAAUAGUCAUGAGCACAACUAAAACAAAUACUGAUCACAACCACGAUGGUUUGUUAAAAGUACAACUUAAGCCCUAUUCGUCUCAAAUGGACGUCAAGUUUUUGAUGUUAGUCUAAUUUUCAUUUUUGAUUUAAUUAAAUUAUUUUUAAUUUAAUUUUGUAUAUAUUUUGACUCUAAUUAAAUAAUAUUUCUGAUACUUUUAAACAAAACAAUAGGUGGAAUAUGAAUGUAAGAUUUUUUUAAGAAUGUCUGUUCUAAUAUCAACAAUACACACAUUUAUUCUAUCACUCCUAGAGUAAGGGUAUGUCAGAAAAAUGUCUUUGUUGAUGUUAAGAAGAUGCCCUUAAGGGGCCAAAAGUGAAAGGUUUAUAUAAGUUUUGUUUUCGACGACAUCUGACAUCAUUG